CAGGGCGCUGUACUCUCAGUUCACUUUAAACUUUUCGCAGAGAACGAUCGAGCAGAAAUUACAAUAAUAAUUGGCGCUAUGGGCUCAUUUGUAGCAGCAUUUUUGGUCCUUUUGUCCAUUUCUUGUUGGGACAAGGGGAUCGUUGAGGCAAGCGUCGCAGGGGAAAAGGAUCUCUCACUCUCCACUGGGGAAAAACACGCUCUAGACAAGUUUAAAACAUUGAUGGAGGCCGUGCUGUUUGAUGACCGGUUGAAAAAGGAAGCUUAUCUUGUUCGCUGGUUGAGAGCAUCUCGGUUUGAUAUCAAGAAGGCAGAGAAAAUGCUGUUAGAGAACUUGCGAUGGCGAGAUGAGUUUCAAAUGGACACGAUUCACGACGAAGACUGGUCAGAAUUCCAGGAGAGGUUUCCCUACGAGGUUUCAUUCGAUAAGGAAUUCCAACCAGUGAUCACAAGCCACAUGGGACAGUGGGACUUUCGUCAGGUAAUCCUGGCUGGAAAACGGCAUCAAAUGCUGCGCUACAUCUUCAAAAUGUUGGACGACAUAGACCGCGCUAUUCAGCGGCAGCAGGACGAGGGGAAAAUGGUCACAAGAGGGAGCCACGUCUCAAACCUCAAAGGAUACAAUUUAAGGCAGCAUAGUUGCGUCCAAUGUAUCCCGCUCUACCUGGAGAUGAUCCAGGCCCUCGAUAGCUAUUAUCCCGCCCUGUACGAUAAAAUGGUCCUCGUGAACGUUCCCUCCGUGUUCGAGGCCAUGCUCAACAUCAUGAAGCAAGCCAUGACCCCUGACACUGGAAAAAGGAUACAGGUUUUUGGAACGAGUCAGCAAAAGUGGCAAAACUAUCUUUUGGAAUGGAUCGACCGAGACGAGCUGCCCGUCGACUUUGGAGGAAAUAAGAUCACUCGGUCCACAAAUGACUUUUGAGGUCACAUUUUCCAUCAAAAAUCGUUAUGCUCACUUCGAAAUAAUUAGUUCCACAUUCUGGCAUUUACAAUUUAUUCUAUUCAUGUAAUUCGACAUACUCGCAUCUCUAUAUAGUAGAGGCUCUCUACUUAUUGUGACUUGAGGUGUAUAAUAGCAUUUACUGAGAUGUUUCGCCAUCCCAAUUACGUGUAAUUCUAACGAUUUAUUCGCAUCCGUAUUUAUGUAAUAUUGCUUUAUUGGCUCAAUUAGUAGCACAUUCAAAUAAAUGCUCUAUGAAAUGAAACGAAAA